AUGUCAGAAUCAUUUGAAGAUAAACUGAAGACUAGAGGAUUAGAAUGGUCCAUUAACUUUUUAGAAAAAUGUGGUAAAGAAGGUCAUCGAUUAUCAACUCAAUUCAAAUUACUAUUAAAAACUAAAUCAUUAAUCAAAACAAAUGAAACAGAAACAGAAACAGAUUUAAAAUCAGUCAAUCUGAGUGAUUAUUUAGAAAACAUCAUUCAUCACUUACAAGAAAGUUCAAUCAAUCAAUCAUCAUCUCAUCAAACCAUUCUAGAUAGUUUAAGUGCUAAUGCACUACUCUUUAAAAACUCUUUGAAUUAUUUUCCAGAUGAACUUGAGAAGAUCUUUAUUGCUACAGAUUUUCCACUUUGGUUCACUUACCUUGCUCUUCAAUUGCUUUAUAAGUUUGAAGUUCAAGCUUUAAGGAUCACGGGUUUGGUUAAUUUUUUAAAUCAAUUACCUCCACCGGAAAUUCAAACUUGUCUUAGGUUUCAAUUGGCACAUGCUCAUUUAUUGUUAGAUAAAAUCGAUUGGGCUACUCAUUAUAUUGAUCAAAUUGAAGCUGAAGUGACAUUCAAACAUGAUAAUACUCUUAACACUGAACUUUUGUUUCUAAGUACCAGAAGAGAUUUUCAUCAAGCUAAAUUCGAAUCAGCAUCCAAAAACUUAUACACACUUCUUUCUCAAAAUAAUCAAACCAACAAAGAUAUUUAUUUAGAUUUAUACAUAAUUUCUUUAAUACUUUCUAAUCCAUGUAAGAAAAGGUAUGAAAAAAUUAAACAAUUUAAUCAGAUCAUCAAAUUGAAAACUAGUUUACCAUUUUAUGAAAUCUUGGAAAACUUUUCAAAUGAAGAAAUGAUUUUAGAUUUACCUAAUCAUCCUCAAUGUUUAACUCGAAGAUUGAUUGAAAAAGGAGUUUUGUUGAAAAGUUUAAGGUUACAUAAUCUUUGGGUUAGAUCUAAAUCCGUUGAAUCUCCAUUAGCUUUGAUUGAUUUACCUAUCACUUUAGGAUUCAAAACUUCUACUUCUGUAGCACAAGAUUUACUUCAAGAAUUAAUUGAUGAUAAGACUAUACGAGUUAGGAUUGAGGGAAAGAUGAUCACUUUUUUGGAUGAGAAGGAUGUCGAUCAAUUGGGUGAUAAGGAUUUGGAUCCUGAUCAUCAUAGAUUGAAUUCCAAUUCACUGGGUUCUGAUUCUCAGUUAAUUACCUCUACUCAAGUUGAUGAAAAUGAAAAUCAUCAAACCAGUUUGAUUCAUAGAGCUUUUCAUCCUUUUAGAAAUCUUCCAUCAUUUCCUUUAAUCGAAUCUCAACCUCACCAAUCAACCUCAUCACUCAAUCUGCAAAACCAAUUACCAAAUCUCAACGAUAUCUUUCCAGAUCAUGAUGAACCUUUAGAAAAUUUUCUUCCACCUACCUCGAAUACAUCAUCACCAAUCACUUAUUUAAAUGAUCAUCAAUCAAAACCUGAUCAAUCAAAUCGAAACGAAAAGAAUCAAACGAUUAAUUUAAUUUCGGAAUCUGAGAAUGGAUCAUCUGGACCAGCACUUUCGACACCAAGAUCAGAAGGAAGACAAAAACGACGGAAAUCGAAUCCAGAACCAUCUACUUCUAAUCAUCCUCACCAUGAUAAACUUGAAACUACAUUUUCAGAUAGUAGUAGUUCUUCUUCAUCUGGUUCAUCUGAUGUAGAUUAUACACCACAUACUUCUACUGCUUUACCAGCUUUCAUGAGUGUGAAAGCUACUAAAAACAAACUUCAUUCUAAACCUCGUGUUUCUAGAUCUUCUAGAAUUCAAAGAAUUGGAAUAACUGAAGAUCGAUUUGAUUAUCUUGUGAAAGUUGAAUUUAAUCCGAAUUAUCGACCUAAUAAUCUACCACUUUUAAAUCAAGAUGAGUUGGAUAAGAUCGUUUCAGUUGACUAUUUGAAGAAGAAUAUGGAAUUGAUAAAUGAUAGUCUUAGACACAACAGUAAAGGUCAAACGAUCCACCCAAAUCGAUUUAUUUCAAGACUAAAAGACCAUUCAAGUUACCCAUCAUUAACAAGUUACGCCAAAGAAGUGAUCGAAGGCAAUUUUCGAAAAUAUCUAGAAUUCUAUACUUUAAGAUCUACGCUUAGUUUACCUACCAGUAUUUUAAAGAUCUUGAUUUGGUUUGAAGUUGGAAACGUAUUUUCAUUUAAUACUGUUAGGAAUUAUUUACAUAUCUUUGGUUUGUUGACUCCGAUUUUGGAUCAGAUCUUGUGGGAAGAUGGUCAUGCUAUCGAUCUCGGAUUGGGUGUGGAGGAGCUUGGUAGGAAUGAGACUGGUGUUAAGGAUCAUUCGCUUUGGAAGGAUUUGGUUAGGGUUAGGAAGGAUCAAGAAAUGGUUUAUUAA